CUCGGGGAUGUGCCCGCGAGGCGGACCAGUCCGGAGUACACAGGCAGCCAAAUACUUCAUCUUCUGUCCAACUGUUGACUUUCAGCGGCCAAAUACCACAAAUACUCCGAUUCAGAGUCACAAACGAAGUACUUUAUGUACUUGUACUUGUUGUAUCUCAGCACCUCCAGUGAUAGCCCUGUGAGAAACUUUGACAGUUUCUGCGUUGAGUCAGCAUUUUAAUUCAACACUUACACAGCCGUUGGAGCCGUUAGAUCCGUUAGAUCCGUUGGAGCCGUUAGAGCCGUUAGAAUGCCGUUCAUCGAGCACGUAUCGGACGCGGAUGUGGAGCGCUUGGCGUUGGAGCGGGUUGUCCCGGCUCUGCUGGCCCACGGAUUCUGCUACGUGGACGGCGUGCUCGGGGAGCUGGCCGGGGCCGCCGUGCUGGACCAGGUGCAGGAGAUGCACCGGGGCGGGGCGCUGCAGGACGGCCGGCUGGCGGGCUCCGCGCCCGGCGUCCACCGGAGGAGCAUCCGCGGGGACAAGAUCGCGUGGGUGAGCGGCGCGGAGCGCGGCUGCGAGGCGGUCAGCUUCCUGCUCAACCUCAUCGAUAAGAUGGUCUCCGUGUGCGCGAGCCGGCUCGGCGGCAAGAAGAUCCGGGAGAGGUCCAAGGUAAGAACCGGAGCACGACCUGGGUCACGUUGGAGACCGGAAGUUAGGAUUAA